UCAUCUCCUUUCUACACCCAGCUCCCCCUUCUUCCUGGGUGCUAGUGUCAGCAGAAGCUGAUGGGGAAGUGAGGCCUGGAACUCAGAGGAGGAGGGAAGGAGGGGAAAGGGGAAGUUUGGGAGGGAGGCCUCCAGGAAGCUGGUGGGAGAGGACAGCUGGCAGACAGAGAGGCGCCCAGCCUGGUCUGUCUCCUCCAGCAUCUGCUGAGCUAUGAGCCAAACCAGGGAUUUACAGGGAGGAAAAGCCUUUGGGCUGCUGAAGGCCCAGCAAGAAGAGCGACUCAGUGAAAUCAACAAGCAAUUCCUGGAUGAUCCCAAAUAUAGCAGUGACGAGGACCUGCCCUCCAAACUGGAAGCCUUCAAGAAGAAAUACAUGGAGUUUGACCUGAAUGGAAACGGAGAUAUCGAUAUCAUGUCCCUGAAGCGAAUGCUGGAGAAACUUGAGGUCCCCAAGACUCACCUGGAGCUAAAGAAAUUAAUCAGGGAGGUAUCCAGCGGCCCUGGGGAGACUUUCAGCUACUCUGACUUUCUCAAGAUGAUGUUGGGCAAGAGAUCUGCCAUCUUAAAAAUGAUCCUGAUGUAUGAAGAGAAAGCAAGAGAACAGGAGAAGCCAGCGGGUCCCCCAGCCAAGAAGGCUAUCUCUGAGUUGCCCUGAUUUGUGGUGAAGGAGAUGUGGUGGGAUUGAAGGGGCUUCUAUGACUCCAACAUGGAAAAAGAACACAAAAUUGUGAGCCAGAGCUAAACUAAUUUAAAUAAACUACCCUCCUUCAGAUCAA